AUGCUUGACCCUCUGGUCGUGUUCGACCGCCCACGCAUCGGCUUGUCCGCGGAGGUGUUGGCUGCCUGCGACGCCGUGGCAGCAGGGCUGGAGGGGCUGCACCUGCCGCUCCUGGUGCUGCACGGCGAGCUGGACUCACGCUCCGACCCGGCCAACAGCCUGGAGCUGGGGCGGCGCGCCGCCAGCGCCGACAAGACGGUGCGGGUGGUGGAGGGCGCGCAGCACCAGCUGCUGCAGGAUGUGCCGGCCAUACGGGCCGCGGCAACGGCGCAGGUGGUCAGCUGGGUGCUGGCCCGCGCGGCGGGCGGCAGCGGCGGCAGCGGCGGCGGCGGCGGCUGA